UUCGUGGAGAACCCACCCACCUAUUCAGCCGCCCCCAUUCGUAAGAGCAGUUGUUCUAUUGCAGGGCCACAUGUCCUUGACAUACAGGUACCUGUUUGUUUCUGUUGGAGGAUGUGUCUUGGCAGUUGUCACCAUGGGUAUCUACAGUGUGCUCCUGUUUACCUCCACCUCUGUCUUUAUUCUCCUCGUGUGGUCUGUGGAUCCCAGCUGCAUCCACACUUGGGCCUUGGGUAUCCAGAUGUUAUGGCAAACCUUCUGGCACCUGCUUAUACAAUACAGAGAAUACUACCUGGAUGAACCUGUCAGCAACAGAUUGUUUUUGGCAGUGUCCUCAUCAAUGCUGCUCACUCAAAGAAUCACCUCCGUAUCAAUGGACCUCCAGGAGGAAAGAGUAACAAUCAUAUGUGACGUAUCAUCAAAAAGGAAGGCUUCCGUGAUGCUUCUCCCUCUCAUCAGCUACAUCCUCAGUUUCACCACACUGCUCGGUGGGCCUUUGUGCUCCUAUAGACGAUUUGUGUCUGUGAUGGAAGGAUUGGAUCUCAGAUCUCCAACGAAUCCAGUGGGAGUGGUUGUCUUAAAGUUGAUGCAGGUGUUAAUGCUGGAGUGGGUUAAGUGUUGUCUUGUCUAUUUUCUGAAACAUAACCCCUAUGAUCCUUUUAACUCUGGCAUCCUCUAUGGUGUCUUUUGGACCUGGUGUCUUGCAUUGGUUUGCAGAAUCAGGUAUUACUCUCACUGGAAGAUCAGUGAAGGCCUCAAUAACGCAGCUGGGUUUGGCCUUUGGCAAAAAUCUCCAGGAAUUUCCCCAGAAUGGAGAGAACUAUCCGAUGGAGAUUUCUGGACCACUGAGGCAUCGAGCCGUGUGUCAGAGUUUGCCCGUCGUUGGAACUUCACCACAGCUUCAUGGCUGCGUAGACUGGUUUACAUAAAGUGCAAACAUUUCCCGUUGCUCAUGACUUUUGGGUUUUCACUGUGGUGGCAUGGUCUGCAUUUAGGUCACUUUUUGGGGUUUUUGACCUGGGCAGCAACGGUGGAAGCAGGCUAUCGUAUAAACCAGUACAUGUGCCCUAAGCAUUCACAAAAAUGGAGAAAAAUAUACACUUUAUUAAGCUGGGUGAACACUCAGAUGAUUAUUACUUGUAUUGUUAUAACAGUAGAACUAAGAAAUAUGUCUGGUUUGAGACUUUUGUCAUCAACAUACAUAGCUUUGUUUCCACUUGUUAACUUCAUUUUGCUCUUUAUCUUAAAACUGAACAGACAUUACUAUAGGAGUCUGUACACACAUGGUCAAAGAAAGCUGUAAUAGAAAUCU